AUGGAUGAAUGCUCGUCCAGCAUUGGCCACAGAUCGUCUAGCCUCUUGAUAGGUGAACAGCGUCGCCGGUCAUACGUGCCAGACGAGCACGCUGGCGUCAACGUGUCGUGGUCGAUCCGCAAACUGCUCAGUCGUCGUCCGAGCGAGAAAUAUCGCACGCUGGAGCGCCGUGAACCGCGCCGGUUGAGGAAGAAGUCACUGUCGGAGAGGACAUAA